AUGACUGCCACCGGAGCUGCCAGCAGCAGCAACAACGCCAGCCAUGGCAAUACUCAUGGCAUCCCCUCCCGGAGAUUGUUUGUAGCCCAUUCUCCCCUCGACGCCAAUGGCCGCCCAAAAAUCCAAAAGGUGCUGAUCGCCAACCGCGGCGAGAUCGCCUGUCGCAUCAUCGCCACCUGCCGGAAGCUCAGCCUGACGUCGGUGGCCGUCUACGUGGAAGAAGACAAGCUCUCGCAACACGUACUCGACGCCGACGAAGCCGUGCACCUCGGCAGCAUCGAGCGCGGCAAUCCGUUCCUCAACAUCGACCUGCUCGUGCAGACGGCGCUAUCCGUCGGCGCGCAGGCCAUCCACCCGGGCUAUGGCUAUCUGAGCGAGAAUGCACAGUUCGCUGAGAAAGUCCGCCAGGCGGGCCUCAUCUUCAUCGGCCCUAGUCCCGCCGCCAUGUCGACGCUGGGCGACAAGCGCGCGUCCAAGGACUAUCUCCGCAGACAUGCCCCCGACGUGCCGCUCAUCCCUGGCUUCGCCGGGUCGAGCCAGGAGGUCGAGGACCUCGAGAAGGCCGCCGCGGAGAUCGGGUUCCCCGUCAUGCUGAAGGCGUCCGCCGGCGGCGGAGGCAAAGGCAUGCGAAUCAUCCGCGAGGCAUCCCAGCUACGCUCGGAGCUCGGACGCGCGCAGUCGGAGGCGCAGCGCUCCUUCGGGUCCAGCGACUGUAUCCUGGAAAAGUACGUCGAGCGCAGCAAGCACGUCGAGAUCCAGAUUCUGGGCGACAGCCACGGCGAGGUCGUGGCGCUGUUCGACCGCGACUGCUCCGUGCAGCGCCGCCAUCAGAAGCUCAUCGAGGAGACACCGUGCCCGUUUCUGACGCCCGAGACGAGGAAACGCAUGGGCGACGUCGCCGUCCGCAUCGCCAAGCUCAUCGGCUACGAGGGCGCCGGCACGGUCGAGUUCGUCUUCGACGUCGCCGCCAACCGGUUCUACUUCCUCGAGGUCAAUGCCCGGCUGCAGGUCGAGCACCCGAUCACAGAGGAGGUGACCGGGCUGGACCUCGUCGCGCUGCAGAUCUUCGUCGCCGCCGGCGGGCGUCUCCGCGAUCUGCCAGUCAUGUCGAAUCUGUGCCAGACCGGACACGCCAUCGAAUGCCGGCUCUGCGCGGAGGAUCCGCACCGGGACUUCUUCCCCGAUCAUGGCCGCAUCCAACUGUGGCGUCCGGCCUUGCAGAACCGAGAAGGCGUGCGGUACGAAACGGCCAUCCGGAGCGGCGCGUCGGUGUCGAUCUACUUCGACUCGAUGAUCGCCAAGAUCGUCGUGUGGGCGCCGACACGGGCGAUGGCCAUCGAGAAGCUGGCCAGGGAGCUCGCUGGCACGACCUGUCUGGGCGUGAAGACGAACCAGCUGUUCCUGCAGAGCUGUCUGCUGCACAGGGCCUUCCACGACCCGGCAUACACGACGUCGUUCAUCCCGGCCCAUCUGCCGGAGCUGCUCCGGAAUCCGUACGCGGCGCAGAUCCCAGGCAGUCUGGACUAUCUGUCCAUCGUCCCAUGCCUCUAUCUGCGGCGACUCAGCUCCCAGGUCCGCGACCCGACCAGUCGCGCCCCUUUCCACGGCGUCCGCCGCCAGUUCCGUAACCAGCGGUUUGAUCCCGUCAACGUGCACUGCGAUAUCGUGACGGCCGUUGACGGCCGGACGAAGGAGCAGCCGACGAUGUGCGUGUGGAAGCCGUCUGCGGCGGGCGACAAUGGUCAAGAGCUGCUUCUCUACCCUGUUCCCACUGGCAGUUCCUCGAAGGCCAGCAGCGCAGAUGCAGCUGCAGCGAGGGAGCUCACGGUGCGGUACAACGCGAUCAGCCGUGCCCUGCGCAGCGGUGAGGUGGUCAGCUCAGGCUCUUCGUACCGCGUGAGCAUCGGCCACUGGCAGCCGGUACAGGGCAGUCCUACUGAGCCGAAAUCAUGGUUGGCGUCGAGCAUGGAAGUGAGCAUCAACGAGCGCAAGAUGCUUGCGUACAUCGCAGUGGCUGCCGACGACAUGACCCAGACGCACAUCGACCGCCCGCAGCGCAUCUGGUGCCACUUCCCUGCGCUGGGGACAUCGAUCGAGUACCGGCGCGACACGCUGCUCACGUACUGCGACAGCAUCCGGCAAGUCGCCGCGGCCGCGACGGGAGGCGGACAGCAGAAAGUGGUGACGGCGCCGAUGCCAUGCAAGAUCCUGUCCAUUCUGAAGAAGAGUGGCGACAAGGUCGAGUCGGGUGAAAGCGUCAUGGUGAUCGAGAGCAUGAAGAUGGAGGUCAGCAUCUCCGUGUCGGCGAGCGGGACGUUCCGGACGAAGUGGAAGGUUGGCGAUGCGGUGGACGAGGGGGGUGUGCUGUGCGAGGUUGAAUAA